AUGUCCGCGGACGCGCGCGGGGCGCGCGCGCGCGGGAGAACGAACGACGGGCGCGGUGGGGGACGUGGGCGGGACGCGGGACGGCGGGACGGCGGCGCGAGAAGAGGCGUCGUGGUGUUUCGACGCGGCGCGCACGACCGCGCGUCAAAGAGCGAUCCACCGCCGUGGACGACGUCGUACGCGUUCGAUGCGAACGUGUUGGCGUUGAACGGGGCGCGCGAGGGCGGAGCGAGGGAGACGCGCGAGGCGACGCUGGAGGCGACGCUCGAGGUCGACCCGUGCGGGUCGAACGGAUUCUUCGUCGACGUCUCCGUCACCGGAUCCGUCGCGAUGCGGUGCGCGUGCUGCGACGAGACGUUUUUACACGACGUCGUGAACGGACGAUCGGGGACGACGAAGGAUUCGGCGUCGACCCCGUGCGUCGCGAAGGUGUGGCUCGACCCGGACGCGGACGAAGACGCGUUCUCGGGCGAGUACGAAAUCUACCCGUUUCCCCUCACCGUCGACGCCGUGGACCUCACCCCGCUCGUCGCCGACACCGUGCGCGCGUUCGGCGUCCCGGAGGAGUUCGUGUGCGAGGCGUGCGCCGCGGACGAACCGCGCGUCUGGCGCGCCUGA